CUCAUUCAUUUCCUUACAAAAAGAGGUGAAACAAAAUGUCUCAGACAUUGCUUCAUGGGACUCUACAUGUAACAAUCUUUGAAGUUGAUAGGCUGCAAGACAGUGGUGGUGGAGGGAAUUUCUUAGGCAAGCUGGUGGAUAACAUCGGCGAAUCAGUGGGCCUAGGCAAAGGCACCCCCAAAAUCUACGCAACUGUGGAUCUGGAGAAGGCGAGAGUGGGGCGUACCCGUCUGAUCGACAAGGUGAGCAACAACCUCAACUGGUCGGAAACUUUCCACAUAUACUGCGCCCACUCGGCCUCAAACGUCAUCUUCACCGUCAAAGAUGCCAAUGCCAUCGGGGCCACCCUCAUCGGCCGUGCCUACGUCCCCGUCCAAGACAUCCUGGAGGGGGACGAGGUAGACAGAUGGGAGGCGAUCUUGGAUGAGAACCGCAGCCCCAUUGGCUCGGCCUCGAAGAUCCACGUCAAGCUCCAAUUCUUCGAUGUGAGCCGCGACCGCAACUGGGGGCGCGGCAUCAAGAGUGCUAAAUACCCCGGCGUGCCCUACACCUUCUUCGGGCAGCGUACAGGGUGCCGCGUCUCCCUCUACCAAGACGCCCACGUCCCCGACGGCUUCAUCCCGAAAAUCGCCCUGUCCGGGGGAAAAAACUACGAGCCUCACCGUUGCUGGGAGGAUGCCUUCGACGCUAUAACUAAUGCUAAGCAUUUGAUCUACAUCACUGGAUGGUCUGUUUACACCGAGAUUUCUCUUAUCCGGGACUCGAGGAGGGAGAAGGCCGGGGGCGACACCACCCUCGGCGCCCUGCUGAAGAAAAAGGCCGGGGAAGGAGUGAGAGUGCUGAUGCUUGUUUGGGAUGAUCGGACCUCGGUGGGGGUUUUAAAAAAGGAUGGGCUAAUGGCGACUCAUGACGAAGAAACAAUGAUAUUUUUUCAAGGGACUGAGGUUCAUUGUGUGUUGUGCCCUCGAAAUCCAGAUGAUGGCGGGAGCAUUGUGCAGAGUUUGCAAGUCUCCACCAUGUUUACUCAUCAUCAGAAAAUCAUAGUUGUGGACAGUGACAUGCCUAAGGGAGGAGGAGAUCGGCGCCGGAUUGUGAGCUUCGUGGGCGGGCUCGAUCUCUGCGACGGGAGGUACGACACGCCCUUCCAUAGCCUGUUCCGAACACUGGACUCGGCCCACCACGAUGACUUCCAUCAGCCAAACUUCCCGGGGGCCGCAAUUGAAAAAGGGGGCCCCCGAGAGCCUUGGCAUGACAUCCACUCGCGAGUGGAGGGCCCCAUCGCGUGGGAUGUCAUGUUUAAUUUCGAACAGAGGUGGAGGAAACAAGGUGGGAAGGACGUGCUGCUGAAGCUGAGAGAGGAUUACGAGAACAUGAUCAUCCCGCCGUCUUCGGUCAUGCACCCCGACGACCACGAGUCAUGGAAUGUGCAGCUCUUUAGGUCGAUAGACGGUGGGGCAGCCUUCGGGUUCCCGGAGAGCCCUGAGGAGGCGGCCAACGCUGGUCUGGUAAGUGGCAAGGAGAACAUCGUGGAUCGGAGCAUCCAGGACGCCUACAUUCACGCUAUACGGAGGGCCAAGAACUUCAUCUACAUCGAGAAUCAGUACUUCCUCGGAUCGAGCUUUGGGUGGGGGAGCGAUGGCAUUACGGUGGGGGAUAUCGGAGCUCUGCAUCUCAUACCGAAGGAGUUGUCGUUGAAGGUUUGUAGCAAGAUUGAAGCUGGGGAGAAGUUCAAGAUCUAUGUUAUUGUUCCCAUGUGGCCGGAGGGGAUCCCGGAGAGUGGAUCGGUGCAGGCUAUCUUGGAUUGGCAGAGACGGACAAUGGAGAUGAUGUAUAAGGACAUUAUUAAGGCUUUGAGAGAUAAGGGCAUGGAAGAUGAUCCUAGGAAUUACUUGACCUUCUUCUGCCUCGGAAAUCGGGAGACCUCCAAGGACGGGGAGUACAUGCCGUCGCAGCAGCCAGAGCCCGACUCUGAUUACCUCCGAGCCCAGAUGGCUCGAAGGUUUAUGAUAUACGUGCACUCAAAGAUGAUGAUCGUUGAUGAUGAGUACAUUAUAGUUGGGUCGGCUAACAUCAACCAGCGGUCGAUGGAUGGGACUCGGGACUCGGAGAUAGCCAUUGGUGCCUACCAACCGCACCAUCUGUCAACGAAGAAGCCGGCUAGGGGUCAAGUCCAUGGCUUCCGAAUGGCGUUAUGGUACGAGCAUCUAGGGACGAUUGACGAUGUUUUCCUCCUACCUCAGGGCGAGGAGUGUGUGAGGAAGGUGAAUGAUUUGGCCGAUAAGUAUUGGGAUCUCUAUGCUAAUGAGGAGCUACAGAGAGACCUUCCGGGGCAUUUGCUUCGCUACCCCAUCGCCAUCAGCAGCGAAGGUGUCGUUACCGAGCUUCCCGGCAACGACUGCUUCCCCGACACCAAGGCUAAGUUGCUUGGUGUGAAGUCAGACUAUCUCCCUCCCAUCCUCACUACCUAACAUAACCACAUAUACCACUGGCAUCAAAAGCCAAUAAAAUUACAACCUUUAGCUUAAUAAUUAAUUUGUCUAGACUUCAAUUUUGCCGCUACUAUAAUUAAUGAUUUUAAGAGUUUUGAUU